CCGUCUGUAGCGCUACAAUGCAAUUUGGAGGAAGAAUCAGAUGGCGCGGAAGCAAUCAAUGUGCUCCCGUAUCUUCAGUAUCGUUUUGGUCGGUUAAUAGUGAAGAGGAAUUAUCAGUUUUCUGUGUGAAAAGCGAAGAAAAUUUCAGUGAAAUGGAAAGUACUACUUGGAUAUGGAUUUGGGGGAGUGUAGGUGUUGUUCUAGUGCUUGUACUCAUCCUCUACUUGCUACACAAGUAUUUCCAGGGUGGACAGUUUCGCAAAGAUGACAUCCUCAUGGAGAACAAAGUGGUUGUUAUUACGGGUGCAAAUACGGGAAUUGGCAAGGAGACAGCAUUGGAUUUGGCUAAACGUGGUGCAAAAAUUUACAUGGCUUGCAGAGAUAAGAAUCGCGGUGAAGAAGCUCGAAUGGAAGUGAUUGAGAAAUCAGGAAAUCCUCAUAUCUACUUCCGACAAUUGGAUUUAGCAUCCCUGACGUCAGUUAGAUCCUUCGCUCAGGCCUUUAAGAACGAAGAAUCUCGAUUGGAUGUCCUGCUCAAUAAUGCAGGUGUCAUGAUGAUCCCAAAGUGUCACACAGAAGAUGGUUUUGAGAUGCAAAUUGGGGUCAAUCACAUGGGACAUUUUCUUUUGACAAAUCUUCUGCUCGAUCUCUUGAAAAAGUCUGCUCCUAGUCGUAUUAUUAAUGUGUCUAGUCUGGCUCAUAUCAAUGGACAGAUCAACAAGGAAGAUCUCAACAGUGAAAAGUCCUACAACAGAAUUACUGCCUAUUCUCAAUCAAAACUUGCCAAUAUUCUCUUCACUCGAGAACUGGCCAAGAGACUCGAAGGAACAAGGGUCACAGUCAAUGCUCUGCAUCCAGGAGCUGUAAAUACAGAGCUGCUGCGCCAUAUUCCUAAGUUCCUCACCUUCAUUGGGCGUCCCUUCUUGAAGCUCUUCUUCAAGACGCCACGAAGUGGAGCUCAGACACAGAUUCGUCUAGCAGUUGACCCUGUCCUGGAGGAUGUUACCGGAAAGUAUUUCAGUGACUGUAAGGAGUUGAAGCCUCGUCCCCAGGCACGAAAUGACGAGACAGCAGCCUGGCUGUGGGCAGAAAGUGUGAAGUGGACCAAACUGUCUCCAGAAGAGAUUAAUUAAAAACUAUUUGAGAUC